CCAGUCCUUCUGCCAGUACCGCGGAAAGGUGCAGUCGAUGUCGCCCGAGGAGAUUGAGAACCUCAAGAAGUGCGACAAGGUAUGGAACAGCGUGGAGGUGCUCAACAUCCUGCAGGCGCUGGUGGACAAGAGCGGCAUCGUGGCGGAGCUGGAGGGGGACGGGGGCGAAAGGCUGUGUGAUCUGGACGGCUACUACCCGCAGUCCUCCAACGUGCUGCGGCUGCUGGGCUACUUUGCGCUGACGGGGCUGCUGCGGGUGCACUGCUUGGUGGGCGACUACAACACCGCACUCAAGGCCAUCUACCCGCUCAACCUGCACGAGCGCGCCCACCUCUUCACCCCUCGCAUCCCCGGGGCGCACAUCACCCUCUUCUACUACGGGGGCUUUGCAUACCUCAUGCAGCGCAGGUACCUCGACGCGGCCCGCUGCUUCAACGCGGUGCUGCUGUACAUCUACCGCGUCAAGUCCGCGCAUCGCAGCAGCCCACACUUCGAGCAGAUGCUCAAGAAGAACGAGCAGAUGUACGCGCUGCUGGCCAUCUGCCUGGCGCUGUGCCCCGUGGCGGCGAAGAGCCUGGACGAGAACGUGCUGAUGCAGCUCCGCGAGCGCCAGUCGGACAACAUGGCCGCCAUGGGCCGGGGUGACACGGACGUGUACGACACGCUCUUCCGGGACGCCUGCCCCAAGUUCGUCACCUCCACGCCGCCCGCCUACGACCAGGCCACCACCAACACCAACCAGCUGGCCUUCCGCGCGCAGCUGAACUCGUUCCUGCUGGAAGUGCGCUCGCAGCAGGCGCUGCCACAGAUGAAGCAGUACCUGCAACUGUACAGCAGCAUCAGCCUGGCGCGGCUGGCGGCGCUGAUGGACGUGGAGGAGGGCGCGCUGAGGCAGCAGCUGCUGUGCCUGAAGAACAAGCAGCGGCAGCUCAAGUGGGACGGAGGAAAGGACAUGACGUCAGGCACCUGGACGGUGGCCACCGACCUGGAGUUCCACAUCGACGUGGACCCCGAGAGCGGUCGCGAGAUGGUCAUGGUGUCGGAUUCGCAGCAGGUGGCCACGUACGCGCCCUUCCUGGCGCACCACAUUGCGAGGUUCGAGGAUAUCAUCCGCGACCUCUCGGCGCCCGCUGCUGCGGCGGCCCCGGCGGCGGCGGCGGCGGUGCCGGCGGCUCCCGUUGCUGCCACCCGCGCCUAGGCAUGUGUUCCAUGCAGGGGGCAGUGUGGGGGCCCGGUGACUGGCGCGGAAGGGAGGGAAGGAGAAGGGGGUGGAGGCUGAGCAGGGGGUGACGGGAGCUGUGUGGAGGGGUGCGAACCUGUUUGUGGGUUUUGGCCGGAUUUGGCGGUCCAGAGGUGAUGGUGUUGUUGUGAGGAGAAUGAGGGCUUUGGGUUGUCCGGGAUGGCUGGGGUGGGAGGAGGCGAGGAGGUGACAGGAGCGUGGCGUGAAGGAGCG